AUGGCCAGCACCAGGAGUAUCGAGCUGGAGCACUUUGAGGAACGGGACAAACGGCCGCGGCCGGGGUCGCGGAGAGGGGCGCCCAGCUCCUCCGCCGGCAGCAGCGGCUCGGGCCCCAAAGGCAACGGGCUCAUCCCCAGCCCGGCGCACAGCGCCCACUGCAGCUUCUACCGCACGCGGACCCUGCAGGCCCUGAGCUCGGAGAAGAAGGCCAAGAAGGCGCGCUUCUACCGGAACGGGGACCGCUACUUCAAGGGCCUGGUGUUUGCCAUCUCCAGCGACCGCUUCCGGUCCUUCGACGCGCUGCUCAUGGAGCUCACCCGCUCCCUGUCGGACAACGUGAACCUGCCCCAGGGCGUCCGCACCAUCUACACCAUCGACGGCAGCCGGAAGGUCACCAGCCUGGACGAGCUGCUGGAAGGUGAGAGUUACGUGUGCGCAUCGAAUGAACCGUUUCGGAAAGUGGACUACACCAAAAACGUUAAUCCGAACUGGUCUGUGAACAUCAAGGGUGGGACCCCCCGAGCCUCGGCUCCCCCCUCCUCAGUGAAGAGUGAAGUGAAGGAAAGUAAAGACUUCAUCAAGCCCAAAUUAGUGACUGUGAUUCGAAGUGGAGUGAAGCCUCGAAAAGCUGUGCGGAUCCUCCUGAAUAAGAAGACGGCUCACUCCUUCGAACAGGUCUUAACAGAUAUCACCGAAGCCAUUAAGCUGGAUUCAGGAGUGGUGAAGAGGCUCUGCACGCUGGACGGGAAGCAGUUGCAGCGAGCGGGGGCUGCUGUUCAUGGCAGUGCCAGGGCUCCUCACUGUGGGAGCUUCUUUCUGUGGCAGAGCGUGGGUUCUCGGGCACACGGGCUUCAGCGGUCGGAGCCCCUGCGCUUGGUCGUUGCGGCUCACUGGCUCUAG